UCGAUGCACCAGAGAAUCGGGAGGAAAAACAGGACGGCGAUGGGACAACUGUUCUCACUGUCACAUUUAGCACAUAUUAAGGGUAACGUCAGCUCCGAUCAAGUGGCAUUACGCAGAGCGUGAAAGAUCUUCCCUCUUUUUACCCGUAGAACCGAUCGAUAAAGUUUCGGUGCUACAAAAGUUCCGUCCGUGGCGCAGAAAUAAGAGCUGAGUGCGCGGGGCAGACUGCCGAUGAAACGGACAUGGAAGACUUCGGCUCAGCGCUGGAGAAAAACGUGGCGGAUUUAACUGUAAUGGACGUCUACGACAUCGCCGCGGUCGUGGGGCAGGAGUUCGAGCGGAUCAUAGAUCAGUACGGCUGCGAAGCUUUGUCGCGACUCAUGCCCAAAGUGGUCCGGGUCCUGGAAAUCCUGGAGGUCCUGGUUAGCCGCAGUAGCAUCAAUCCCGAGACCGACGAGCUGCGCCUGGAGCUGGACAGACUGCGGUUGGAGCGCACGGACCGCCUGGAGAAGGAGAAGAAGCACAUAAAGGAACUGGAGUUGGUCGAGGAUGUGUGGCGGGGUGAAGCCCAAGAUUUGUUGUCCCAGAUUGCCCAGCUGCAAGAAGAAAACAAGACCCUCCUCAGCAACCUGUCAAUCAAGGACUGUCCAAUGACAGAGGAGGAUAUUCAGAGGCAGGAAGGUAUGUCAGAGAGGGAGAGGCAAGUGAUGAUGAAGCUGAAGGAGGUAGUGGAUAAACAGAGGGACGAGAUCCGUGCUAAGGACCGGGAGCUGACCCUGAAGAACGAGGACAUCGAAGCGCUCCAGCAGCAGCAGAGCCGGCUGAUGAAGAUCAACCACGACCUGCGGCACAAGAUCACGGUGGUGGAGGCACAGGGCAAGGCACUGAUCGAGCAGAAGGUGGAGCUAGAGGCCUUCGCCCAGGCCCGGCAACAGGAGCUGGCCAGCCUGCGGCAGGAAGUGACACGGCUUGGGGAGCGGCUCCGGGCCGAGGGUGCCGGGGCCGAGGAACCAACGGCACCGCCGUCACCCGCGCAGGGUUUGCUUUCUGGGCCAUCUCUGUCCAGACAGCAACCUCUGUCUCCCACGCCAUGUGACCGGCGAGCCCAUCCACCUGAGAAUGAGGAAGACGAUGAGGCACUGGAGGAGGAAGAGGCUGUGUUGUUAUGGGAGGCGCUGUCUGAAGAGGAGGGGGGUCUGGAUCCAAAAGACCCAAAUCGGCCGCGCUUUACCCUGCAAGAGCUGCGAGAUGUUCUCCAUGAGAGAAAUGAACUCAAGGCCAAAGUCUUCAUGCUGCAGGAGGAAAUGGCGUAUUACAAGAGCGAAGAGCAUGAAGAGGAAACAGAUCCACCCACUCCAGACAACACCCAUGCUCUUAGACCCUGCCCACGAGCUGGUGCUCAGCCAGAGUCUGGCAUAAAGCGCUUGUUUAGCUUCUUCUCCCGGGACAAGAGGCGGAGCUCUCCGAGGAGCGGGGCACAGCUUGACGACGGCAUUGGCUCCUGGGCCGGCAAGGACGACGCCUACACAGAGCAGGCCCAGGAGGCUUUGCAGCACAUGUAACCCACUGAUCUCUAAUCUCCACCGCAUGACAAGCCUCACUCACACCCCCAUUACACCCAACAGCUGCGCCAUUAGUGGAUCAUGUCACAACUCACAAAGGGACAGAGAACAAUGGGACAGUUUAGACUGAAAUAUGGUUGUUCAACAUUCAACCGCGACGUAUCCCAAAGGGAAUGGGAUGGCAGGCGUUAUUUCACUUUUUUUGUGUGCCUCGUUAGAAUAUUAUAUCGGAAUACUAAAUUACCAUGUUACUGUAAAUAGAGCAUGUUGAAUAAUAGAACACUUGCGACAGAUGUUUGGUGAGAUACACAGUCAGAAGGGCUGGGCAAGUCAGACCAUGUCGAUGUGCCUUGAGAUUGGACGGUGAGAAUGAAUGACAUUCUUAAGUUCAGACUAAAUUAUAUCAUGUAGUGGCCAAUGGAAAGUCACUUGCCCGCAAUUAAAUAAAAUCUGUUUUUAUUGCCAGCUGCCAUGCCCACAGAAGGAUGGUACCUUGCCAGUACAGUGUGACAUUUCCUGAUGUUUCCUUGCCCACAUGUGAAAAGUGAUGACAUUUUUUGCACAGUAAUGUUGCCACAUUAAAAUGAAGUGAACAGAUGCUGAAGGUGCAGGACUCUGAGUGGAGAUGUAGAGUCUGGGAUUAUGGCCCAGUGCCGCCACAGAGUCCUCUUUAAAGACGUCGUGACCUGCCCAGAGGUCAUCAGCCAGUGUCCUCCAGCCGUUCUGCAUGUUCGCCAACUCCCUGGUGCCUUCACUGGUUAGAACAGCUGUUGAAGCACCAAGAUGCCAGUUCAGCUUGGGCAAGACACACUGGUAGAAACAGCCUUGUGGGUUUGGACUCCGUUACUGCUUUUUUUUAUAGUGUUUCUAAAAGUAUUAUUGUUCAGUGUGGUUAAAAAAACCUUUCACAGUUUGGAAAUGCUAAAAGAUACUGUACUACAGAAACAUAUUAAAGGAAAAAAUCUUAAGCAAAAAAUCUCUCAGUGCAAAGGGGAAUGUUUCAUAAUUUAAUCUCAUUGCCCAUUAAAGUAUUUUAUACAGUG